AUGUCUCAGGAUGGGAUAGAGGUCGUGCAAGUGCCCAGGGAUGUUCAUGAUGACUUUCUGAUGUCGUAUCUGCUGCUGAGAGCUGUGGUCAAUCUCUGUGAGCGGGACACAGGCACCCCGCCGCCGGCAAAUUUAGGCAUGCUGGCCUGGAAUGACCUUUUAGCCUGGGCACAGAACAAGUUUUGCGAUGAUACAAUGAAAGUCCUCUUUGAAUAUGCAACCGCCCUAGACCGAAGCUUCGUCACCAACAGCCCUGCAGCUUUGCCGUACCCAUCAUGGGAAGAUCCGACGACCAGCAAGCCUGCGGAGCGCCUGGCACAACAUUUGCUUGAUUCUGGGGCCGGCACAUUGUGGCACUCCUCCAGGCAGGUUGUCAGAUUGCUAAAGUUGGAACUUCCGCGUCACUCUUUUGCGGCGCUUUGGAGGAAAGAGCAGAGCUGGACUGCAGGGGUUUAUGGUUGUCGCCAGUUCACAGGCCUCUGCAAGGAGACGAUGACACACCCCAAUGCUGUAAGGCUUUUGAAUGGUCUGGUCAUGCGGAUUUGCCCCUGGCACAAAUGGACCACUAUAGCGAUUUUAUACAACUACGAAACCCCGCUCCAUCGUGAUAAUCACAAUGGUCCUGACCCGAGCCUGGUGUUCUCGCUCUCUUUGCAUGAACAAGGGGAGAUCUGGAUCGAAGAUUCCUCGGGCACUCACAUGAUUGAGAGUGAUGCUGGUUGGCUGAGAGGUGCUUCCUUUUCGCUGCAGUUACAAGCCAUUCGCUUCCUUGCACAUCGUCGUCAUCACCUCACCUGUGCAUGGUCGGAGAUGGAUCGUGUAGUCCUCUCUGCCUACACUGUCAACAGAUGGGAAUGCAUCUCCAGCUCAAUCCAGGUCAUGGCCGUCUGCAGCACAGCGGGCUGUGGAAGGUUGGCUGCUCCCGUUGCUGUAGCAGCUGUGGAACGGGAACCCACAGUCGCAGAUGUGACAGGAGACAAGGUCCUCUCCAGCGCUGUCAUGAGGCCGACAGCGGAGGCGGCGAAGGGCCUCUGGGCGGAAGAAAAGUGGUGCAACGUUGGAGGAACGUUUGGCUUCCGCUAUCCAAUUGACUGGAAUGGCGAUGGGCUUCUUGACUUGAUCCAUGCAGAGACCAAUUUUUCUUCCGAUCCCUCGUCUGAUCAGACAUUGAGCAAGAGCACCGCAACUCUUCGCUAUUUUCGCCGCCAAGAUGAUGGGAGUUUGGCUCGAGAGGUUGGUCCCUCCUCUCCUGAUGGCUUGCAAGUCCCAGCCGGCUUCGUUGACUUUGUGGAUUGGGACGGAACAGGAGUCGGAGUGAUGUGCUGCCAUAACAAAAAUGAAAGUUACCGAUUGGUUUGGCUUCCAAGGCAGCGACUGCAUGAAGGUAAGACCUGUGGUGAUGCAGGGGAUGAGCUCAUCGAUUUUGGUCCGGAGGAUUCCGGGACCCACUCCUACGUUCCAGGGUACAACACCUGUCAAGCUCCUAGGGCCGUUGACUUCGACGCUGAUGGUGACAUAGACUUGAUCUUGGCCGUUUCUGGUGCUGUUUACCUCUUAGAACGUUUAGAUUCAGGGGAUCUUGCUCCAAAGAGGCUGCUGGCUGAAGCCUCUCCCACCGCUCGAUACACUUCAGCGGAGUUUGCAGACUGGGAUGGAGAUGGAAGGCUCGACUUAGUUAUCAGCACAGACGUAGAGAACACCCACUUCAAGGGCUUGGAAAGUGGCCGGUUCCAACCUUUGUCUGGCUCUGACAGCCCGCCACCACUACGCGAAGGUUUUCUUGGUGGUCUCUUUGCAGUCGUGCGAAUCAGUGAUUGGGAUGGUGAUGGACAUGCAGAUAUCCUCAGUUGCGCGCGAGCUUCUAAAUACCCAGCCGACACUUGUCAAUUGUAUCUGAGGGAUGUGCAAGCGAUCGGGUCUGACAGUCUGAAUCCUUUUGCCUCAUUGCCGAUCAUAGUCCACGGCUCCAGUUUUUUCAUUGUCGACUGGGAUAACGAGAAUGGGCUUGACUUUCUGGUUCAGGCAGAGGCUGACUUGAACUUCUUUGCUCGGUUGCCGAGCGGAGAGCUCUCGACAACUCCCAGACAUCUUCCGUGCCCAUGCCUCAAACAAAACGACUGGAACGGACAUGACUACAAUGUGCGAUUGAGAUUUAUCACUGAUUGGGACAUGGAUGGCCGGCUGGACUUCUUGUGUGUCCACACCAAUUGGCCGGGCCUAGAUCCUCGGUCUAAGGUCCUGUCUCUGUCCAGGCAGUUGCCAAAUGAAAGUUUUGCAGAGCCCAGUUGGCUGCUUCACUUAGACUACGAUGAUCUGGUUGACGUGGUGGACUGGGAUGGCAAUGAUGGCCUGGAUCUGGUGUUGGAAUCAGGCCGUCUAGCUCUGAGCUCCAACGGCAACUUCACAUUUGUUGAGGACCAGAAGCUGGGAAGCCUGGUUGCUGCUGCAGAUUGGAAUGAUGAUGGCUUGGUGGACUUGAUGACAUACAACCGUGAUGAAUCACGAGUCACCCCUUGGAUUAGACAAGGCAACUCAAGUCUGAUACCAUGGCCCAAAAUAGAAGUGAGGGACAUGUGCUUUAAUGUUGCUAAAUUUCGAGUCGCUGACUGGGAUGGUGAUGGACGUCAAGAUGUCAUUGUUGGAAGCAUCUGCGGUGAUCGGCUGACAACCUUGAAAGUUAAGAUGUGGUCACGAGGCUGCAUGUCCAGCGUUGCAUGCACUUUACGCGGCACGUGCCACUUGGGCAACAGCGAGUGCAUCUGCCAACGAGGAUAUGGUUCAGCUGAUUGUUCCACGUGCGAACAAGGUUUCUUCUCCGCAGCAGGGGCCUUUUUUCGGUGUGAUCCUUGUGCCGGUUCAACUGGUACUUCGGUCUGCUCUGCCAGGGGCGUUUGCAAUGACGAUGUGUUCGCUCAGAGCCGUGGGCUGGGGAGGCAGGGGAAUGGCUCCUGCUGGUGCAACGGACCCACUUUCGGUGGAGCAGAUGCGAAGGGCCUUACAACCUGCGAGUCGGGAGAAUGUGAUCCAGCUUAUGUGGAAGUUGGUGGUUUUUGCAUGCUGGACCAUUUUUACAUCCUGAAGAUCUCAUUGUUCAGUGUCAUUCUCCUGUGCCUUCUCUUGCUCCUUCCUUUCAUCCUUGGUCAAUCCAUACCAGUGGAGGAUAUCUCUCUGGAUGGUGGGGCAGUUGUGAUAACCACUGCAGUGCCCGAUUAUCUCCUGGCCAAGCCAUGGAUGAACCCCAAGGUCACUUGCAAAGGCACGUGCCAUCCGUCCUUGGAUAACAACAGUUUCUUGGCCAAAGCGGUGGAAUCUCAUCCAAACCGUUUAGUUCUCAUGACAGGCCCUGGCGAAGCCUUGAAGUUACGCGCGGAUGCUUCUAGAGGCUGGCUGCAAAUUUGCCGCUUCCGAGCUGCUUUUUGCUUCGGCUACUUCCUGCCUUUUGGCUUAUUUUGGUGGCUGCUGCUUUGUGCAGCUGUUGCCAUCUACACCAUUGACCAUAUGGAUGGGACCCACAGUGUGGCCGUGCUAGGUGCAUCUGCCUUGGUGGCGUUAGGGAAGGCAUUUUGGCACAGCUGGAUGGUUCUGACCCCUUUGGACCGCAGGAUUGUUGACUUUCAAAAGCAGAUCCAGCAUGAGAAUCCUCAGCCUUCGCGGGUGCCCCGCGGUGCCGGGCGGGCCAUUUCCAUUCAGCAUUUGCUGCAGUUCUACGAGAAGUUCCAGGUCUACAUCCGGGAUCGGAAUAUGUACUACGUGGUGGGAAAUCUCUUGCAACCAUUGACCUGCCAACGGAAACUGUCAUAUGCGGAGCUAAUUGGACCAAGAGAAGUGAUUUGGUUUGUCAGUCAUUUCUGGGGCAACACCUUUCGAGACUUGAAAGAUGCGCUUGGGCAUCACAAUUCUUGGACUGAGGCCGAUAUGAACACUUAUUGGAUUUGCUCUUUCAGCAACAACCAGUGGGCAGUUGAGGAAGAGCUUGGUGAAGAUUGUGAAACGUCCAGUUUCUUCCUGGCAAUCACGAGCCAUUCCUGCAAAGGCACCACCAUGGUCUUAGAUUCUGAUGUGAAGGCUUUGUCAAGGUCAUGGUGCUUGUUUGAAGUCUUGCAAACACGACUGGCUUCAGAAAUUUCCCAACGGACGAUGGACUACCAUGGUCUGCUGUUUUGUACUUCCUCAGGGGUACUUGGCAGCGGCUCGGGUAUGCCAGUAUCGCGUACUCCCAAGCCAUUGUUCGACCGUUUCAAGCUUUUUGGUUCAUGUGGCCCCUAG